UGUCAAAAUUAACUAUUGUGAAUAAUUCUCGGUUUUGUGUGAAGCUUUGCACAGACAAAUUGGUAACAAACAAAACAGAAAUAUUCUCCGAUUUAAAUAAAUUUACCAAUCCAGAAUUCUACACAGCCGAAAAGAGAACAAGUAAAAAAGAGACAUGGUUGACAACAGAUUCGAUAAUUUAACGAACGUCGAUGGGGGUCGCAUCGUUAAAAUGGAAGUCGACUAUACCGGUGCUUGUGACGAAAAGAUCCCGUUGCUGAAAGAAUCCGCCAAAGAUCCAAACAAAUUCCAUCAAUCGAUUGACGGAUUACUGCAAUUGGAGAAACAAACCCGCCUGGGUGCCGACAUGAUCUCCUGUUCACGCGUACUAAUCGCCAUCGUUCAGAUAUGUUUCGAGGCACGCAAUUGGAAUGCGCUGAACGAAUACAUCGCAUUGCUGGUGAAACGACGGUCCCAGUUGAAGCAGGCCGUCGUCAAAAUGGUCCAAGAGUGUGUCACGUAUGUGGAUCAGACUCCAGACAAGGAGACAAAAUUGAAACUGAUCGAUACGCUGCGCACGGUAACGGAAGGAAAAAUUUACGUCGAAGUCGAACGGGCUAGGUUGACACAGAUCCUCGCUAAAAUCAAAGAGGAAGACGGUGACAUUGCCGGUGCGAGUACAAUUAUGGAGGAGUUACAGGUGGAAACGUACGGUACGAUGGAGAAACGCGAGAAGGUCGAAUUGAUAUUGGAGCAAAUGCGACUCUGUUUGGCGAAACAAGAUUUUGUUCGGGCACAAAUCAUUGCCAAGAAGAUCAACAUCAAGUUCUUCGACGAUGCUGGCCAGGAAGACUUGAAGUUCAAAUACUACGGCAUUAUGAUUCGCCUGGACCAAGAUACAUCCUUUUUGCGCACAUCUCGCCACUACCAGGCCGUUGUCGAUUCAGAAGUCAUCGUUGGCAAGCCCGAACGUCGCCAAAGAAUGAUCACGUGCGCAGCAUUGUAUUGCAUCUUGUCGCCGUACGAUAACGAGCAACAAGACAUGAUGCAAAGACUGUUCAAAAAUAAGUUGCUGGACGAGACACCAAUGUACAAGGAAUUACUCCGUCUGUUCAUGUGCAAGGAACUGAUCGACUUCGAUGGAUUACAGAAGCUCUACGGCGAGGAGUUGCUUAACUUCGACAUAUUCAAUCAAGCAAAUUCGCAUGGCAAAAAGUGUUGGAUUGAGUUGAAGAACCGUGUGAUCGAACAUAAUAUUCGCAUCAUCUCCAACUACUACACCCGCAUCAACCUGAACCGAAUGAGCGAAUUGCUGAAUUUACCCGAAUCAGAAACCGAAGACUAUUUGUCCCGUUUGGCCAACAGCAGUACGCUGACAGUAAAAAUCGACCGUCUGGACGGUAUCAUUCAUUUCGCCCAGAAGAAAGCCGCCUCCGAUUUGCUGAACGAUUGGGCAACCGGUAUCAAUGAAUUGAUGAGCUUGGUCAAUAAGACGUGCCAUCUGAUCAACAAAGAGGAGUGCAUCAAUACGGUCAUGGUCAAUUGAGUGGGUUGAAUUAGAUGUCUGAUCGUUUUCGUUUGCUUUUUUUUGGAUGCGUCCAUGGAAUUGUCAUUUCUCAUCGAGUACUGUAAUGCGAGAUAAUAAAAAAAAAAAUCUUUUUCAA